AUGAAAAAGUUAAUGUUACAAUUAUUACUAGCAAUUUUAGCUAUUGUUGCUUUAUAUACAGUUCAAGUUGAUGCCACUGACAUUGAUAAAUCACGUGUUAUAGUACUACCAACUCCAAAACCUCCAAUUGUCAUUGAUCGAUGUAUUUACUGUUUUCUGCAUCCAACAGCAACUGGAUGCAAUCCAUGCAAAUAUGGUUCACCAAUCCUAAGUGUUCCUUGUGGACAAGGAAGUAGAAGAUGUGAAGCAUUAGGUGGUACAUGUAAAUAUAAUCAAUGCGAUAGAGCUUAUUGUUGUCCAUAUGAACAUCGAGGUUGUUGUCCACCAGUAUUAUAUACACCUAUCGUCAUUGGAAAACCUACUUUCUGCUUGCCAAGAUGUAAAACCGAUAGGGAUUGCAGCAUUUAUCAAAAAUGUUGUGGAAGUUGCCCACGAUGUGUCAAUGCUGUAUACACAUAA